AUGAAACCUAAAAGAAGAUUAAGAUUGUCGAUUUCCUGUGAAAGGUGCAGAAGGAGGAAAAUCAAAUGCGACCGUGGUCAACCAUGCGGGAAUUGCAUUAAACGGCAUGUUAUCGCAGAGUGUGUGUACAAGAAGCCAUUGAAAAGGAAAAUAAAGCAAGGACAAAGGUAUAAGCAAGAGCUUUUCAAAGAAUUGUGUCGUCUUAGAUCAGAAAAUGAAAGUCUAAAGCACAAAAUAAUGGAUAAUAACAGGGACUACACUCUAAAGAGCUCAGAAUGCGCUUCUGCGAAUUUCGACAUGCUUCUAGUUAAGGACAGGUUGAUUUUUCAUAGUGUAUCUACAUCGAGACUCAGCAUACUUCGAGGUGAUUCUGGUCUAGCUUCGAUGUUUAAUGAGUUUUCAAAGGCUACAAGAAAACCAAAGCUUUACAGUAUUCUCACAGAUACUGACGGAUUAAGUAUUGGCUGUCCAAGUGGAAAAGAGUCAAGUUCUACAAUCAACACAAAUGGUGAAAGACUGAAUCACCAACUUGCUUCAUCAAUAACUGCCUAUAAGUUAAAGCAUCGUGGAAACCUUUUAACUCAGUCAAAUACUGGACGAAAUGAUUUAAUUCACUUGAUCCAAGACAAACUGCCUUCUCCCUUCAUAAUUGAUGCUUUGGUUCAGCAUUUCUUCAAUAGAGUUUACUACUUGAUGCCAUUUAUAGAUGAGACUGCAUUUCAAUCAGAGCUGAAGUUCUCAAUCUACACAAUGGACCAUGGAAAGCAUUCAGUAUUAAAUCCGAAAGCAAGAACUGUUUUUAUCGUCCUCCUCCUGCUCGUUAUGCGUUUCUCAUAUAUAGCUAUCCCUAAUGGAAGCGUUGAGAAAAUCACUGAUGAAAGUGCCAGAAUAGUUGUAAUGUCCGGUAUUAAGAUUGAACCUGAGAUUGUUGAAUUAGCGAGGCAGCUUUUGUUUUCUCAAGAUGGAGAGUUUUGUAUUUUCAAAAGAGUUACGCUUUCAAGCAUACAGUGUCUUUUGUAUCUUCAUCUUUAUCAAGCAUAUUCUUCGGAAAUAAAUGAAGAUAGCGCCGAAAACUCUAUAUUUGUCAAUAUGCUUGUUCAAAUGAGCAUGCUUAUUGGUUUGAACAGAGACCCCGAUAUGUUUCCUACGCUCAUAAAGGACAAAUCUAUCAAAAUACUUUGGCGUCGGAUUUUCUACCAGAUAAUAUGGAUUGAUACUCUCAAUGCAUUUAAUUUUGGAGGUCUCCCGAUGAUUUCCGAAGGCUACUAUGAUGUCAAACUUCCAGAUCUCACCGAAGAUGAAAAAGCAGCUAUCAGUCUGUUUGAGCACAAAAAUAUGAUGACACUGCCCCCAGAAAAACUUAAACGCCUACUUUUAGAAGGGGAAAUUAAUAACAGCAUUACUGCAAAUCACAACUUAUGUCUUCUACUUCAUCAUAUGUUAAGCCGCGUUUAUAGAAUUGACACAAAAAUUGAAUUCGGUGAAUUGAUGCAAUUUGUUGACCAGCUCGUCUUGCUAAAAUAUCAAUAUUGUCCAAACAUAUUUUCACUUUAUGGAGCUAUUGGAAAGGGAAGAAAGAAGGUAGAUGCGAUUUUCAGUAUUCCCAAGUCCAGGUUGUUGUUAACAGCUGCAUUCGUGUACAUGUAUAUUAACACAUUUGCCUACCUAGCCUUUGAUAUUGCAAAGAACGCCGAAGAUAGAAAGCAAGCCUCAGGAAAGGCGUCUCAAUCUGCUAUUUGUUUAUUCAAGCUUAGCUAUGACUUGGCUGAUAGUUUAUCAAAAAGCUCCACGGAUCACUCAAGUCAAAGCAUUUUAAGCUUAUUGUGUGGGGAUUUGCAAAAUCUCAUUUUUGUCAGAAUUCACAGCUGCUUUGAAAGAGUGCAGUUCUGGUUUAUAUCCAGGAGUAUCCGUGAGAUUGAUCCAAUGGCUAGUCCUAGGAUAUUGGAUGAAAUAGAACACUUUUAUAACUUGGAUGAUUUAGCAGAGGUAAAAUCAUGGUUACUAAAAGACACAGCCGGGCUAUUCCAAAGUAUUCUUAAUCAUUUCAAGAGUUACUAUUCGGCUUUAAGUAAGUUGGAGACACGUUUCUUUAUAGCAUGGAGAAAUAAAGUUAUGGUAACGUUUUUAUUUACGUUUAUAAAACGGAAAUGUGCAGGGAUGAAAGAUGAGAAACUUGAAUCGACACUACAAGGAAUUCUUAGGUCGAAAAUUAGUAUAAAUGAUAAUUCACGCAUUGAUAUACACGGAAGUAACGUUUCAGGGAAGAUUCCUCGUGAAAGUAUGGUUGCGAAUACAACUACAAAUUUGCAGCCUACAUUUUCUUCAAAUUUAUCAACUGAACGGUCUGGAUUGUCUGAUAAUAAUAACUAUGAACCUACACUUGAAAGUUUUAGGGAUUUUGAUAGUCAAAUCAGUGACCUUUUUGGAGGUGAAUAUGAUCUAAAUUCAGUAUAUGGUUCGGAUGACUUGGUUUCUUUGAUGGGUCUUAAUUUUGAAUGA